GCCCCGUUCCCGUGCGCCUCCGUCUCCCGGCUCUGGUUUCCCACUGGCAUUCCUGGCUGUGGAUCUGCUUGCCCCGGGCAGCCCCCGCGCUUCUCCUCCGCACUGCCCCACCCGCGGCCUGCGCACUCCUCGCUUCCUGCUUUUUAACGAGAUGUCGGAAGAUCAGCACAGUGACCACUUUAAUGAAGAGGGAGGUGAAGAUGUAGUUGAUGCAAGGCCAGACAGAAGUAGCAGAUUCUCACUUUUUGGAAAAAAAAAGAAGAAUGGAGAAGAAGAGCAGCCAAAGCCCUCCCUCAGUAAUCAAUACCGAAUUGUUACACCCACAUUCCAGUAUAAUAUGGACUACAAGAAAGUUGGUAAAUGUAUUAUUAUAAACAACAAAAAUUUUGAGGACAAAACAGGAAUGGGUACACGCAAUGGCACUGAUAAAGAUGCUGGAGAUCUGGCUAAGAGUUUUAAAAACUUAGGUUUUGAGGUUUAUACGUACAAUGACCGAAGCCGUGAUGAUAUGGAGAAAUUACUGAAGCAAGCUGCUGAGGAGAACCACAGCGAUGCCGCUUGCUUUGCCUGUAUCCUUCUGAGCCAUGGGGAAGAAGGACUCAUCUAUGGCACAGAUGGACCCAUGGCUAUCAAGAGUUUGACUGCGCUGUUCAGAGGAGACAAGUGUAAAAGCCUUAUAGGCAAACCCAAAUUAUUUUUCAUUCAGGCAUGCAGAGGCUCUGAAUUUGAUGAAGGUAUACAAACUGACUCUGGACCUGCAAAUGACACUCUGGAAACAGAUGCCAACCCGAGAUACAAAAUCCCAGUAGAAGCAGAUUUCCUGUUUGCAUAUUCCACAGUGCCAGGUUAUUACUCCUGGAGAAAUCCUGGAAGAGGCUCCUGGUUUGUGCAGUCUUUGUGCUCUGUGCUAAAUGAGCAUGGAAAACAACUUGAGAUCAUGCAGAUCCUCACACGGGUCAACUAUGUGGUUGCCACCAAUUUUGAAUCCCAGUCGGAUGAUCCACGCUUCAGUGAGAAGAAGCAGAUUCCCUGUGUGGUCUCCAUGCUCACAAAGGAACUUUACUUCUGAAAGUGUAUUUUAAUGCAGCCAGCAAUGAAAGAUCAGGGUAUGGUGUUGGGUGGAGAUUUGACUAUAAACAGGAGUCAAUACAUUUUUAGUAACAGAAAUGUAAUAACACUAGAUUUUUGUAUCGUAUAAGCUCGAGUAUCUGAUGGAUGGACAAUAUGCAAUAUUUUAAAGAAGUAAAUGCUGGGGGACAGCCUGACAGCUGUUAGGAAGAAGAAUAUGGUUGACUGCACAUUACACAACUCAAAAUUAUGGUAUCUUGAUUUCUGUUACUGUGGCUGUCACAAUAUUUGGCUGCUGAACAAGUUCUGAGAAUCACCUUCCUGACCCAUAAAGGUUUUUCCCAGAAAGCAGAUUGUAAAUUAAGAAUAAAACAAAAGUUUGUGAGACUCCUUCUCUUUUACUACUAGCUCAUGGAACCAUAAUCUCCUCAGAAAUUUCCAAAGACCAUCAUAUUAUUGGGUAUGUCCAGUGACAGUUUGUAGCUAUUUAAAAGGGUGUUUCUUAGUCUAAUUUCCUUUUAAUGAACAUUAGUAAUGAAGGCUAAUGGUUGCUCUGUGCUUGACCUGGAAGUCAAUUUACUUAGUUGUCACUCUAGCAUAAGAUGAAUAUAUUAAAAAAUCAAUAUUUAUAGGUGAUUUACCUGAACAAUAUGGAAAUGUAACAAAUAGAAAAAUGAAAUUCAAAACCCUUGUAAAAGAUUGGCAAACUUUAAUUGGUAUUGCAGUUUUUCUGCUUGCAGAAAAGAGAAUGUCUGCUUGUUGAUUCAGAAUUUUUGAACCCUCAGAAGGUUAAUGGCAAGGCUUUGUUGUAAAACAUUAAAAUUUAAUGUUGAAAUGAUAGAAUUAUAUGUUCCAUUAACAAAUGUAUGUUUAGAUUUAACUUCUAUUUGUGAGGAGUUUUGCCAAAACUGUAAAUGCUUACUUGAAUCAGAAACCAGAAGUGCCUUCUUAGUUACUGUAUGGUCUUGAUUUUGUGUUUCAGAGUUACGUUGGUGAUGUUUAUAUUCCUACUUUUUAUAUACUCUUUAUAGUUGGUAGGUAGCUCACAAAAGUGAAUUUAAUUAUUUGGUUAAACUGAUAAAUGAUGAGUUGCUCACUCUUUUCCCAGUUAAUGUACUCUAUACUCUUUUGCAAUCCUCUAAGAAAAUAAGUACAUACUAUUAAGGCCAAGUUACAAAAUUGUUAAGUUUAUUUUCUUACAAAUACUGUGACAUAGUGAGACAUAUAUUUUUUUCAUAAGUCAAAUUUACAGUUGUUUAAAUUAAAUAAAUGGUUGUUUUAUGAACAUAUUGAGCAUGACAUCAAU